CGCCCUAGCAUCCGGGGAAAUCGCCGCCCUAGCAUCCGGGGAAAUCGCCGCCCUAGCAUCCGGGGAAAUCACCGCCCUUGCAUCCGGCGCGCGGCGGUUGAAUUGGUGCGCGCAGCGAGGCAACCGCCUACGAACGCCAGUUGGGGGCGAGGCGUCUCGGAUACUGAGAGACACCAAGGCCUCAGCGACAAAGUGGCUGCAGCUAGGCCGGGGGCGUCAGGACGACGGAGCGGGUUCGGGUCGGUGACACGCAGACCUGAGGGAGCUGGGCCCGCCUUUUCCGCCCGCGCCCCAGGCCCUUGCAGAUCGAGAUUUGCGUCCUAGAGUGGGAAAAAAGCAGAGGCCAGGGCGCCGAUUUUAUUUGGAGAGAAGCAAGCAUCUCUGCCUCUUUGGAGGAGGAAAUUCAGACUUGAAAAAGUGGUGUACGGUUGACUCUGUUUCUCGCCAUGUCUUCUCACAAGACUUUCACCAUUAAGCGAUUCCUGGCCAAGAAACAAAAGCAAAAUCGUCCCAUCCCCCAGUGGAUUCAGAUGAAACCUGGUAAUAAAAUCAGGCACAACUCCAAAAGGAGGCAUUGGAGAAGAACCAAGCUGGGUCUGUAAGGAAUUGCACAUGAGAUGGCACACAUAUUUAUGCUGUAUCAAGGUCACGAUCAUCUUAACGAUAUCAAGCUGAAAAUGUCACCACUAUCUGGACAGUUGCACAUGUUUUACUGGGAAUAUUUUUUUCUGUUUUUCUGUAUGCUCUGUGCUAGUAGGGUGGAUUCAGUAAUAAAUAUGUGAAAGCUUUUGUUUCAAAAA